GGUGGCGGUAAUGCACCAAUAAAGCUGAAGAAGAAGAGUCACUUCCGGUCUCUGCAGAAGCUUCUCAUCGUGGAUUAGGGCCCCUGUCGGACCACCAUGGCGGACAUCAAGAACUUACUGUACGCCUGGUGCGGGAAGAAGAAGCUGACGCCCAGCUACGACAUCCGAGCUGCAGGGAACAAAAACCGGCAGAAAUUCCUGUGUGAGGUCCGUGUGGACGGCUACAGCUACAUCGGGAUGGGAAACUCCACCAACAAGAAGGACGCUCAGACCAACGCUGCCAGAGACUUCGUCAACUUCCUGGUCCGCAGCGGGGAGAUGAGCGCCUCCGAGGUGCCGGCACCGGGGAUGAGCGCUGCAGCUGGAGAUCAGCCUGAUGGAGUAACAGGUGGAGGAUCAGGAGGAGUAACAGGAGGAGUAACAGCAGGAGGCUUUGGAACCCUCCCCUCCAGCGGGCCUCUGCCUCCUCACCUGGUGGUGAAAGCUGAACAAGAGGAGAGCGGGCCGGUGCCGGGAGUGACGGGACUCGGAUACUCGGGAGGAGGAAGCUCCGGGUGGGGGGGAAGAGGAGGAGAUGGAGGAAGAGGGGGAGGAGGAGGAGGAGGAGGAGGAGAAUGGGAGCGAGGAGCAAAUCUGAAGGAAUAUUACGCCAAGAGAGACGAGCAGGAGGCGCAGGCGACUCUGGAGUCGGAGGAGGUGGACCUGAACGCCAACCUGCACGGGAACUGGACUCUGGAGAAUGCCAAGGCCCGUCUGAACCAGUUCUUCCAGAAGGAGAAGUCCAGUGCCGAGUACAAGUACAACCAAGUCGGCCCGGACCACAACAGGAGCUUCAUCGCAGAGAUGCAGCUGUUUGUGAGGCAGCUCGGACGAAGGAUCACGGCUCGAGAGCACGGCUCCAACAAAAAGCUGGCGGCUCAGUCGUGCGCCUUGUCUCUGGUUCGGCAGCUCUACCACCUCGGGGUGCUGGAGGCGUACUCCGGGGUCACCAAGAAGAAGGAAGGGGAAAUGCUGGAGGCGUUUGAUGUCAGUGUUUCUGCAGAACUGCAGCAGCAGCUGGCCGCCACCGUCCAGGAGCUGGGCGUCCACAUCCCCCCACCUCCUGCAGACCCCUCCUGCCCGGUGUCUCUGAUCCAGGGGAAGAUGGCGUCCUUCGAGCCGUCUCAACGCCAGAGUGCAGCAGGGGUCGUGCCCUGGUCGCCCCCCCAGGUCAACUGGAACCCCUGGACCAGCAGCAACAUCGAUGAGGGUCCGCUGGCCUAUUGCACUCCGGAGCAGAUCAGCAGCGAGCUGCACGACGAGCUGAUGUACCAACUGGACCAUGACGAAAACCUGCAGAAGAUCCUGGGGGAGCGUGACACGCUGCCCGUCAAACAGUUUGAGGAGGAGAUCAUGGCGGCUGUGGAGAGCAACGCGGUGGUGAUCAUCAGAGGCGCGACGGGCUGCGGGAAAACCACGCAGGUGCCUCAGUACAUCCUGGACCGCUUCAUCAAGGCGGGGAAAGCCUCCGACUGCAACAUCGUGGUCACUCAGCCCCGUAGGAUCAGCGCCGUGUCGGUGGCGGAGCGAGUGUCCUACGAGAGGGGGGAGGAUAUCGGGAGGAGUUGUGGAUACAGCGUCCGCUUCGAGUCCGUCCUCCCUCGCCCUCACGCCAGCGUCCUCUUCUGCACCGUCGGGGUUUUGUUGAGGAAGCUUGAAGCAGGGAUCCGAGGCAUCAGCCACGUUAUCGUCGAUGAGAUCCACGAGAGAGACAUCAACACAGACUUCCUGAUGGUGGUGCUCAGAGACGUGAUCCAGGCGUACCCCGAGGUGCGCGUCCUCCUCAUGUCGGCCACCAUCGACACCACCAUGUUCAGAGAGUACUUCUUCAACGCCCCCAUCAUCGAGGUGUUCGGACGCACCUUCCCUGUGCAAGAGUAUUUCCUGGAGGACUGCAUCCAGAUGACCACCUUCAUCCCUCCCCCGAUGGACCGCAAGAAGAAGGACAAGGACGAGGAGGGAGGAGGAGAGGAGGACACUAACUGUAACGUGAUCUGCGGCCCGGAGUACUCUGCGGAGACGAAGCGCUCCAUGGCUCUGAUCAGCGAGAAGGAGACGUCCUUCGAGCUGGUGGAGGCUCUGCUGCGGUACAUCGAGACGCUGCAGGUGGGGGGGGCAGUGCUCGUCUUCCUGCCUGGCUGGAACCUCAUCCACGCCAUGCAGCGGCACCUGGAGACCAACCCACACUUCGGAAGUAGCCAGUACCGGAUCAUGCCCCUGCACUCACAGAUCCCCCGCGAGGAGCAGAGGAGGGUCUUCGAGCCGGUGCCCGACAACAUCAGGAAGGUGAUCCUGUCCACCAACAUCGCAGAGACCAGCAUCACCAUCAACGACGUGGUGUACGUCAUCGACUCCUGCAAGCAGAAGGUGAAGCUGUUCACGUCCCACAACAACAUGACCAACUACGCCACGGUGUGGGCCUCCAAAACCAACCUGGAGCAGAGGAAGGGCCGAGCGGGUCGGGUCCGGGCCGGGUUCUGCUUCCACCUCUGCAGCCACACUCGCUUCCAAAGGCUGGACACUCACAUGACUCCGGAGAUCUUCCGGACUCCGCUGCAUGAAGUCGCUCUGAGCAUCAAACUGCUGCGGCUCGGCGCCAUCGGUCACUUCCUGUCCAAGGCCAUCGAGCCACCGCCGCUGGAUGCCGUCAUCGAGGCCGAACACACUUUGAGAGAGCUGGAUGCUCUGGACUCCAACGAUGAGCUGACGCCUCUGGGACGCAUCCUGGCCCGGCUGCCCAUCGAGCCGCGCCUCGGGAAGAUGAUGAUCAUGGGCUGCAUCUUCCAUGUCGGCGAUGCAAUGUGCACCAUCUCCACCGCCACCUGUUUCCCGGAGCCGUUCAUCAGCGAGGGGAAGCGCCUCGGCUUCGUCCACAGAAACUUCGCAGGAAGCCGCUUCUCCGACCACGUCGCUCUGCUGUCCGUCUUCCAGGCCUGGGACGAUGUCAGGAUUAACGGCGAAGAAGCAGAAAUUCGUUUCUGUGAACACAAGCGUCUCAACAUGUCGACUCUGAGGAUGACCUGGGAGGCCAAAGUCCAGCUGAAGGAGAUCCUGGUCAACGCCGGAUUCCCUGAAGAGUGUCUGAUGACGCAGAUGUUCAACACCGUGGGUCCCGACAACAAUCUGGACGUGGUGGUCUCUCUGCUGAGCUUCGGCUCAUACCCUAACGUCUGCUUCCACAAAGAGAAGAGGAAGAUCCUGACGACCGAGGGCCGCAACGCCCUGAUCCACAAGAGCUCCGUCAACUGCCCCUUCACCAGUCACGACAUGACCUACCCCUCCCCCUUCUUCGUCUUCAGCGAGAAGAUCCGGACCCGGGCGAUCUCGGCUAAAGGGAUGACUCUGGUCAGUCCCCUGCAGCUGCUGCUGUUCGCCUGUAAGAAGAUCAGCUCUGACGGGGAGGUGGUGACGCUGGACGACUGGAUCAAGCUGCGGAUCCCUCACCAGGUGGCAGGGGGGGUCGCUGCCCUGCGCGCCGGGCUGGAGGCUCUGGUGGUGGAGGUCGCCAAAGACCCCGAAUACAUCCGACACCUGGAGCAGAACCACCAGCAGCUGCUGAGCGUCAUCAGGGCCACGUCCAGAACCUCUGCUGCUGGACUCAACAUGAUGACCAGUAACAGCAGCAGGAUGGGAGACGGACCACGACCUCCGAAGAUGGCCCGCUAUGAAGGGGGAGGAGGAGGUGGAGGAGGCUGGAGGGGAGGAGGAGGAGGGGGCUGGAGGGGAGGAGGAGGAGGGGGCUGGAGGGGAGGAGGAGGAGGAUAUGGGGGAGGAAGAGGAGGAGGGUAUGGAGGAGGUGGAGGAUAUGGGGGAGGAAGAGGAGGAGGGUAUGGAGGAGGAGGAUAUGGGGGAGGUGGAGGAUAUGGGGGAGGAAGAGGAGGAGGGUAUGGAGGUGGAGGUGGAGGUGGUGGUGGUGGUGGAGGUGGAGGUUAUCGGGGAGGUGGGGGAGGAUACUGAGGAGGAGGGGGAGGUUAUUAAAUUCCACCGUCCAGAAAUCUGAUCAGAAUUCAGAUCUUCUUCUUCAUUGGUGUUCUUAAUCAGAGCGUGAUAGUGAUGACGAGGAUGAGGAUGGUGAUGAAGAUGUUUUUGUUAUGAAACAGUGAACUGUUCCAGCUGUAGGAUGUGACCUGUUGUUCUGUUUGUGCUGCUAGAAUAAUAAACGUUCGAUUUUCA